AUGUAUAGGCAAAUACGAGUUCGGGAAAUAGAUCAGUACUAUCAACUCAUUCUGUGGAGAACAGCACCAGAGAAUGAAAUAGAAGUAUUUAAGCUUACUACUGUUACGUAUGGAACCGCAUGUGCUCCUUUCUUAGCGAUGCGUUGUUUAAAAAUGUUGGCGUCUGAUGACAAUUUGAUAUACCCUCGAGCUGCUGAAGUCUUAGAUAGGGACUGCUACGUGGAUGAUAUAAUCACAGAGCGGUCUGCAGCAUACUUCUUGGCUAAACUUUAUAGGCGGUUUCGCACAGACAUAGCAGGAAUUAUUCAAAUAUCUGAAACAUUCUUGUGGAGUGACUCCAGUAUUGUUUUGGCAUGGUUAAGGACUGAUCCCUCGCAGUUAAAGAUGUUCGUAAGCAAUAGGGUUGCAGAGAUUUCAGAACUCACGCCAGCAAUAUUAUGGAGGCACGUCCCAAGUAAAGAGAAUCCUGCAGAUAUUGUUUCCAGAGGCGUUGAUUCUCCUGCAGAGCUGAUGCGUCACAAAUGUAAGAAAUCCGAAAUAUUAGGCAUCGGACAAACACUAUCACCUUAUGAAUUGCGUCACUCUACUAAUGCUAUUUUUAAAGUAGUACAAUGGGAAAUAUUUGGCAUGACUACUAAGACAACAAAGAAGAACCUAUCCAGCAAAUUAAUUUCUCUUAAUCCUUUUCUUGAUUCCAAUGAUUUGCUAAGAGUAGGAGGUCGACUUGAAAAUGCAAACAUUUCGUUUGAACAAAAACAUCCGAUCAUCCUACCUAAAGGUCACAAGGUUGUCGAAAUGUUUUUACGUGCUGAACAUGAACGGUUGAUGCAUGCCGGAACACAGACAGCUACCACAGCGGAGCAAUUAAUGGGGAACUUACCAAUGAAUCGUGUCACUAAGCAAAGACCUUUUCAGGCUGUAGGGGUGGAUUUCGCCGGCCAAGUUAUUCUGAGAGCAAGCCGUUUACGAAAGGCUCCACGCGUGAAGGCAUAUAUAGCUCUGUUUGUAUGCAUGGUGACAAAGGCUGUACAUCUGGACCUUGUCUCAAGUUUAUCUACUGAUGCGUUUCUUGCAACAUUCGGCGCUUUGUUUCUCGUCGAGGGUGUUGUAGUGUUAUCCAUAGUGAUAAUGGAUCUGGUAAAACAGACCCUAAUCGAAGUUAGUGCACAGUUAGGGUAUAUGGCAGUUUAUUUUAUUCCUUCCUAUUCACCACAUUUUGGAGUGUUAGUCCAGAUUGAGGCCGUCUUAAACUCUAGACCGUUGUUGGCAACCACUGAUGACAGUUCUGAUUUGUCAUACAUUAGUCCGGGACAUUUUUUGAUAGGUGAGCCUUUAACAGCAAUUCCAGAACCAUAUUUGUCAGACAAGGUUGUAAAUCUCAAUAAGAUUUAUAAGCAAAUGACUGCCAUGAGAGACCGAUUUUGGAAACUCUGGUCAACGCAAUAUUUAAGUACGUUACAACGUAGGAAUAAGUGGGCAAAGACCCAAGUUAAUGUAAAGGUCAAUGACCUAGUGUUAAUUAAAAAGACAAUCUCCACCACUCCAAUGGCCUACGGGUCGUGUGAUGGAAAUUAA